AUGCGCCGUGUUCUUUCAGAUUCGGGAUUGUCGCCCUUUUUUUUUCUUUUAUGUGGACCAAAUGGGUCGGGAAAGUCUACUACUAUGCGUGCAGUGCUUGAAGGUGCUGCAGCACAUGGUAUGAGUAUUAUAGAUGGUAUGCCAAGUAUAGAUGAAACGAAUACAGAAACAACAACAUGGUGUGUUGAAAAAGCGCGAUUGUUUGUUAUUAAUUAUAAUCUUUUGAGAUCUCAUGAUAUAUGUGAAAAUUCAAUGAAUUUAGUCUAUCCUCAGGGGACAGUUGUAUUUCUGGAUGAUAUCCAUGCUAUUGAUUAUCUUCUUCGUGUUCAUGCAUUAUCGCAUCGUCUUGAAUUGAUGGUGCGUCGUUUGCUUAGAUCACCACGCUGUCUGUUGGUAACAUCAUCGACUGAUAUGUAUCAUGUGCCAGAGUGGCUUUUAGCGAUUCGAAGUCCUAUAACGUACCAAUUACGAGAACUUUCUUCAGGAGCUGCACGCCGAUAUCUUCGUUCUCUCCCAGAUGGGGAUAUCUUUAUGAAGUGUGCUAGUGCUAAUGCUAAUGAGAAGAGUACUGAAUUGGCGUCAGGUUUUCGAACACAUAGAGCCUUCAUACUAUCUCUAUGUCAUGCUAGGUUCACACAUUUUGCGUCUAAGCCGACUGAUACUGCAGCUUUAUUGAAUGCUGUCGGUCAGUCAUCAUUAGCACAUCAGGUAUUAUCUAGUAGCGAUAAACUUUAUGGUCUUGAUGCAGUCUCAGAGCGGAUACAUACAUUUGUUCAGCUUUUUAUAGGUCGAGAUGAUCAGGCAGGUUUUGGUCGUCUUGCUUCUUUAGCGUCUACAACUGGUAUUUUGUUGCAUGGUCCUUCAGGCUGUGGCAAGACAGCUUUAGUGAUGAGGCUUGCGGAGUUAUACUCUGAUAGAUUUUUUUUUGUUAACUGUGCUACAUUGUUCUCCAAGUACCUCGGUGAGAGUGAACAGCGUCUGCGUGAUGUGUUUAUGCAAGCCAGACGCCGCACGCCAUCUGUUCUUGUUCUAGAUGAUGUUGAUAUUAUUGGUACCUCCCGUGGUUCUCUCUCCGAUGGUGGUAGUGGUUCAGGCUUGGAUGUAACAAAGCGAAUGCUUGCGGCGCUUCUAUGUGAACUAGACGGCCUUCUAGAUAACACACGCAUUCUCGUCAUCGCUACUACCAGUUCACCUAAUACACUUGAUACAGCUCUACUGCGACAGGGACGUUUUGAGACAGUUCUAUAUGUGCCACUUUUAAGUUUUGAGGCAGGACGAGAAAUGUCGCUUGACUUUUUUACGUCUUUUGAUGAUGCUACAAACUCUACAGCGGAUAAAUUGAGUCUACUUGUUGCAGCAUAUGCGGAGGGGUGUACAGCGGCAUCGUUGAAGUUAUUUCUUCGAGAGUUGUUAGAACACCAACUUGAAUCUGCAGAGGAGGGAAAAAAUGAAAACAGCGGAAUGACAAUAACAAUUCGUAUGCCAACGGAGGAUCUUGUAUGUGCCGCUCUUAUGGGGAACACCGUAUUAAAACGUAUAAAGUAUGAGUUUUGCACCUUGUAA